AUGGUCUCGUCUGCCGAUGAUAUUGGUAUGUGUCUGGAAGUGACGCCGCGGACGAUCUUCAGGUCGGUCAUUUCAACGACUUCUGAAAAGCCAUAUCUCCUGCACAGUAAUCAUUUCCAGACUGGCCCCUUCCUGGCACAAACGCAAAUUGCCGAUACAUACCUGGGAGGAAGCUCGUGGUAUCGUGGUGAGCGGCUCGAAGCAGGGCUGUGCGAGCAGGCACGGAAGGAAAAUCUGGUAGAACAGGAUAUUGUGGCGGCAUUCCAGGACCAUGCAGGUUAUCCGCAUAGUCUAUGUGAGCAUGCUGUUGAACAAACUUCGAAACAGGAGAACUCUGGGCCGUAUUCUGGGCCCACGUCGACUGUCUGCUGUGUUGUUUAUAAUUUGUCUAAACGCACGGUGCGAGUUUGUAAAGGCUGUCCUUGCGAGGGAAAAUUCCAAGAAUUUGAGUUGCGAUGA